CGUUUCCAUACGGCCUUUCCCCCAUAGACAGGUCCCUUUCUAGACUCAUCUACAUCCCAUACAUUCAUUUGGCGAUUCGCCGCGUUCCCUCCUUCCACCAUCAAAGAUACGACAACUCGACCAAUUGGCCUUACAAAAUACUCUUGCGGACAACAUGUUUUGGCAGAAGUCGGUCGUCCUUUUGGGGCUUCUACUUGGCUUAGGUAGCCCGACUCCACUUUUUGUCAAACGAGUGAAUCCCUACGAUGCGGGUUUUGAGGAUGAUGUCUACUUCAGAGCUGAUGCCAUCAAGAACGCAGUGCCCAAUCUUCCGACUUCAAUGCCUUUGCUGACCAUGUCUUUCCAACUUAGCCGUGGUCAUGCGGAAAUCAAAAAAGACCAGGGGUUCAAAGCAUGGUCUAAGACGAAGGAUCUGCCACCCAACCUCAGUCUGUGGGACCACUGUAAGACCCGACCGGCACCACCACUAUUUACAAGAUCGCUCAAGACCGUAAUCUUCUUGCUUGUGCCGACAUACUCAAGCAUCACAAUUCGAUCAAUGCUGAAAGCGAAUACGUUGCCAUCGGCGAGAUUCCUUGGGAAUAAAUUAUGGAUCACGGAUGCCAAAUGGACUGAUAAUCCCGAUUUCAACAAAGCCAAGUUCCAGGGCAAACCUUACGGUACCGACGAGUCUAAUGGAGCCGAUCCAAAGGUGUUUCUACCACUUGCUGGUUUUCAAAAGAAUGAUAAGCGAUGGAAAGAAAAGCCUUGGAGCACUGUUACUCCUGCAAACUGCGGCUCGAAAAAGCGCAGCAUCUUCGAUAACUUCGAAGACAAGGAGACGCAACUCGUUACUGAUGAUAACGAGGACAUCGAUCUUGUGACCGGACACAGCGUAGAAAUGCGGCUGGUUCCUAGCUAUAGGGCCAGGAGAAGGGGCAAGACUACGAAGAGACCAGCUACCGGGAGAUCCACCAGCAGAAAAGCCCCAAAAAAGAAGACUACCAGUGAGAAAAAUUCCUCUAAGAAGACUCCCACCAAAAAGAAGUCCUGUAGCGCUGCGGAGAAGAAGGCUAAUGGAGGUGUCUGUCUGUCCUGUACAGCAGCUGAAAAGAAGAAAAACGGAGGCCAAUGUCCGCCAAAAUCGUGCCCAUUGCCUAAGACCAACCAACAGUUAGCACAAGAGUACUACAAAAUGUACACGUCGCUUGGAAAGGGGAAGAAGGCGACUAAGACUAGUACAAAGAAGAACGGAUUGGUCUAG